AGGAGGUUGCGGCGGCGGGAAGAUGCUGCACUUUGGCGUAAAUUGCAAUCGAUUAGGGAUCGUUUCUCAGAGUCAAGUUAGAAGCGAGAGUUCAGAUAAGUGAGGCCACCAUUGCUGCUUUGAACACCUCAGAAGGGGAGAAUGGAUUUAUCAGGAGUGAAAAAGAAGAGCUUGCUAGGAGUCAAAGAAAAUAAUAAAAAGUCCAGCACUAGGGCUCCUUCUCCUACCAAACGCAAAGACCGCUCUGAUGAGAAGUCCAAGGAUCGCUCUAAAGAUAAAGGGGCCACCAAGGAGUCAAGCGAGAAGGAUCGCGGCCGGGAUAAAACUCGAAAGAGACGCAGCGCUUCCAGUGGUAGCAGCAGCACCAGGUCUCGGUCCAGCUCUACUUCCAGCUCAGGCUCCAGCACCAGCACGAGCUCCAGCAGCGGCUCCAGCACCGGCUCCAGCUCGUCAUCAGCAUCGAGCCGCUCAGGAAGUUCCAGCACAUCCCGAAGCUCCAGCUCCAGCAGUUCCUCUGGCUCUCCAAGUCCUUCUCGGCGCAGACAUGACAACCGGCGGCGUACCCGCUCCAAAUCCAAACCACCCAAAAGAGACGAAAAGGAAAGGAAAAGGCGGAGCCCUUCCCCUAAACCCACCAAAGUGCAUAUUGGGAGGCUCACCAGGAAUGUGACCAACGAUCACAUCAUGGAGAUAUUCUCCACCUAUGGGAAAAUUAAAAUGAUUGACAUGCCUGUAGAAAGGAUGCACCCCCAUCUGUCUAAAGGCUACGCAUAUGUGGAGUUUGAGAAUCCAGAUGAGGCAGAGAAGGCACUGAAGCACAUGGAUGGAGGACAAAUCGAUGGCCAGGAGAUCACUGCCACUGCUGUGCUGGCCCCCUGGCCUCGGCCACCCCCCAGGCGAUUCAGCCCUCCCAGGAGAAUGCUGCCACGGCCUCCCAUGUGGCGCAGAUCACCCCCACGGAUGAGCAGAAGGUCACGUUCCCCGCGGCGCAGGUCCCCUGUGCGCCAGCGAUCCCGCUCACCUGGCCGCCGCCGCAAGAGCCGGUCCAGCUCCAACUCCUCCCGAUAA